AUGCCCCCAGUCGUCUACGAUCCGUGGCCGGGAAGCCUGUCUUUAUUCCGCAUGAUUAUUGAUGAUUUCAAGAACGGCUAUGCUGGUGUGUAUUGCUACGGUUUCCAAUUACACAAUUACGGGAACACUUGGAACUUUAAGAUCCUGUGGGAGAAUAGGUUCUUUACGAUAGAGCCUGAGUACAUCAAGGCCAUACUUGCUACUCAAUUUGAUGGGUUCGAGAAAGGCCCUGUGCUGCAUGAGCAGCUCAAUACAAUUCUCGGUACAGGUGUCUUCAACUCCGAUGGCGAGAUGUGGAAAUUCCACCGCGCGAUGACCCGUCCCUUCUUUAGCAAGGAUCGGAUCAGCCAUUUCGACAUCUUCGACAGACACGCUAGCGAUGCUCUUAAUCAGCUGAAGACCCGUCUUCGAGAAGGUUAUCCAGUGAAUAUUCAAGACUUGGCUUCCCGAUUUACAAUGGACUCCGCCACGGAAUUCCUCUUCGCCCAUGACUUCUCUCGGGCCUUCGAUGAAGCACAAAGAAUCACCUCCUUCCGCUCUCGCCGAGGCGGCUCCUGGCCUCUGCAAGAAUUUUGGUCAGACAAGAAGAAACGGGAACUUGGGGAACAAGAAAAGCCCGCUGGUGAUAGGGAGGUCAGGGACGGAGAGAGCUUGUUGGAUCAUUUAAUCAAUUACACGGAUGAUGAAAUCGUCUUGCGUGACGAGAUUCUUAAUAUUCUAUUGGCUGGCCGCGAUACUACUUCGAACACCAUCACAUACGCGAUUUACAUGCUUGCGGAACACCCAGAUAUUUUGCAAAGACUUCGCCAAGAGAUCCUCGAGAAGGUCGGGGAGUCCAGACGGCCAACAUUUGAAGAUAUGAGGGACAUGAAGUAUCUGCGCGCUGUUAUAAAUGAAACCCUCAGGCUUUAUCCGGCAGUUCCGUUUAAUAUCAGAACCACCUCAAAACCCGUUGUCCUUCCUGCCAAGAACGGUGGCAAGCCUUUCUAUCUCCCGGCCCACAGCAAAAUGCCAUACAGCGUUUUCUUGAUGCAUCGUCGCAAGGAUCUAUGGGGUCCGGAUGCGGAUGUGUUCGAUCCGGAUCGGUUCCUCGAUGACCGCGUUCGCAAGUACAUCACGCCGAACCCCUUCAUAUUCCUCCCUUUCAAUGCCGGCCCACGGAUAUGCUUGGGGCAACAGUUUGCAUAUCAUGAGACCUCAUUCUUCCUGAUUCGUCUAUUACAGCAAUUUUCAUCCAUCUCUCACGUUUUGGAGGCCCAACCUCCCUCCUCACGCUCACCACCGGAGUGGAAGAACGCACCGGGGACCAAGGGCACGGAUAAGGUCAGGAUCAAGAGCUAUCUAACCAUGUCCAUGAUGGUACGUUUUUCUCGCUCAUCUGUCGUACUCUGA